UUUCUGAUUCAUUCUCAAAAACAAAAAAACUUCACUUCCUAGUCCGGUAGUUCGUACUUCGUCCGGAGAUCCCAUCUUUAACUCAUUUCCUUCCAUUUCCUCUCUCUUCAAUGGUGGAAUUUUCCCGCCAAAGGAAAUCCGCCAUAGCAGCCCCCUUGCCAUCUCCUAAUUCGCCAUGAUCAAACCUCAGAGUUCCGCCUCUUUCCUUUUCUCUCUCCUCAUUCUCUUCUCUUUUUCUCUUCACUCUCCCUUUCUCGAUGACGGAACCCUAACCCUAAUCGACCGCCCUCAGCCGGAAUCCUCAAAUUCAAGAAGAAACUACAUCGUCCGAUUCUUCGACUACAAGGAUGCCAAAUCUCACCGGAAUUACCUCCGUCGUGGGAUUAAAUUCGACGGAUGGGAUUGGAUCGAGCGGCAGAACCCUGCGGCGAAGUUUCCAACUGAUUUCGGCGUUGUUUCUAUUGAAGAAUCGGUGAAAAUGGCGGUGAUCGGUGAAAUUGAGAGCUUGAAUAGGGUGAAGGAUGUAUCGGUGGAUUUUAGCUAUUCGAGGAGCUUGCUUGAGGAGGAGAAAUUGGAGAGAGACAGUGAUUUUUGCGAUGUGAAGAAGCGGCCGGGGAAGAUAUUUACCAAAAUGUCCUUUGAAGCGGAUGAUGAAGGGGCUGGAGGUCACUGGAGCUCUCUGAGCAACCAGACAAUCAAUUGGCAGCGGCGGCAUCUUCUGGAAAAGAGUUCUCAAGUAACUUCUCUGUUCGGGUCUGAUUCUCUCUGGUCCAAGGGCUACACUGGUGCUAAAGUAAAAAUGGCAAUCUUUGAUACAGGAAUUAGGGCCAAUCACCCUCAUUUUCGCAACAUAAAGGAGCGGACUAACUGGACUAAUGAAAAUACGUUAAAUGACAAUCUUGGACAUGGAACAUUUGUUGCUGGAGUGAUCGCCGGCCAAGAAUCAGAAUGCCCUGGAUUUGCGCCAGAUACUGAAAUUUAUGCUUUUCGAGUAUUUACUGAUGCACAGGUGUCGUACACGUCAUGGUUCCUUGAUGCAUUCAACUACGCCAUAGCUACUAAUAUGGAUGUGCUUAAUCUGAGUAUUGGUGGUCCUGAUCACUUGGAUCUUCCUUUUGUGGAGAAGGUUUGGGAACUAACAGCGAACAACAUAAUCAUGGUAUCUGCUAUUGGAAACGAUGGGCCACUUUAUGGUACGCUGAACAAUCCAGCUGAUCAAAGUGAUGUCAUUGGAGUUGGUGGUAUAGACUAUACGGAUCAUAUUGCAUCAUUUUCGUCACGUGGCAUGAGCACGUGGGAGAUUCCUCAUGGAUAUGGUCGUGUGAAGCCAGAUGUUGUAGCCUAUGGACGUGACAUUUUGGGAUCAAAAAUCAGUACAGGGUGUAAAACUUUGUCAGGCACGAGUGUCGCGAGUCCUGUGGUUGCUGGAGUGGUGUGCUUGCUAGUCAGUGUUAUCCCAGAGAGCAACAGGAAGCGCAUCCUGAAUCCUGCAAGCAUGAAGCAAGCACUGGUUGAAGGAGCUGCCAGGCUCUCUGGUCCCAAUAUGUUUGAACAAGGUGCUGGGAGAGUUGACCUGUUAGAAUCAUAUGAAAUCUUAAAGAAUUAUAGACCGCGGGCGAGCAUUUUUCCUAGUGUGCUUGACUUCAUGGACUGCCCUUAUUCAUGGCCUUUUUGUCGUCAGCCGCUCUAUGCUGGUGCUAUGCCUGUCAUCUUCAAUGCUACUAUUCUGAAUGGCAUGGGUGUGAUUGGCUAUGUUAACGAGUCACCAAACUGGCAUCCAUUUAAUGAGGAAGGUAAUCUGCUUAGCAUCCAUUUUACUUAUUCAGAGGUAAUUUGGCCAUGGACUGGCUACUUGGCGCUCCACAUGCAAAUUAAAGAAGAAGGUGCCCAGUUUCUUGGAGUGAUUGAAGGCAACGUGACUGUUAAGGUUAGUAGUCCACCUUCAAAAGGUGAGAAAAUAGUACGAACUACCAUGUGUGUUCUGAGGCUGAGAUUGAAAGUUGUUCCAACUCCUGCAAGAAACAAAAGGAUCCUGUGGGAUCAGUUUCACAACAUCAAAUAUCCACCUGGCUAUAUACCUAGAGAUUCUUUGGAUGUCCGAAAUGAUAUUCUGGAUUGGCAUGGGGAUCAUCCCCACACAAAUUUCCAUACUAUGUUCAACAUGUUGAGUGAUGCCGGAUAUUAUGUUGAGACCCUUGGUUCUCCACUUACAUGUUUUGAUGCUCGCCAUUAUGGAACACUCCUGCUUGUUGAUCUAGAAGACGAGUAUUUUGAAGAAGAGAUAAAUAAGCUGAGGGAAGAUAUUCUGAACACUGGGUUGGGCUUGGUUGUGUUUGCUGAGUGGUAUAAUGUUGAAACAAUGGUCAAAAUGAGAUUCUUUGAUGAUAACACAAGGAGCUGGUGGACCCCAGUUACUGGUGGUGCUAAUGUUCCCGCACUGAAUGACCUUUUGGCACCAUUUGGGAUUGCAUUUGGUGAUAAGAUCCUUAAUGGUGAUUUUACGAUUAAUGGUGAACAAAGUCGGUAUGCAUCAGGGACAAAUAUAUUACGGUUUCCAGCUGGUGGAUAUGUUCACAGUUUUCCUUUCCUAGAUAGGUCAGAUAGGGGAGCUACUCAGAAUGUACUUUCAUCUGGCCUUACGAAAGAAAAUUCACCUAUUCUAGGUUUUGUGGAGGCUGGGGAAGGCCGGAUAUCAGUUUAUGGAGAUUCAAAUUGUCUUGACAGUAGCCAUAUGGUUACUAAUUGCUUUUGGCUGCUUAAAAAAAUAUUAGAGUUUACAAGUGGGAAUACCAAGGAUCCAGUUCUUUUCUCGGAUUCUGUUAGACAAGGUGAAUCCUUGUAUGUAGAUGAUAAGCAAUUGCCAUGUCGAAGGACUGAUGUGAAUUUCUCAGCUUAUUCAGCUGUCAUGGGGAAGGAAUUGAUGUGUAGGACUGACUCCAGGUUUGAAGUAGUGGGAACUAAAGGUUAUAAUAUGCAGGUUAGGGGAAGAAACAGAAAACUGCCUGGUUAUCAUGCUAUUGAUAUGGGGAAAAGUUCAAAUUCCAGUUCUGAGGUUUCAGAUCCGAAAGUUUACAGUACUAGUCCCCAGAAACCAGGCGAUUCUUUAAGUAACAAGUAUUUUGGUCUCUUUUAUACAGAUGAGCUUGACAUGCCCGUGCUGGUUGCUAGUCAUUGGCUUGUACCUGCCAUAAUUGCCAUUUCUGGUUUCUUGCUUUUUUUGAGCUUUUGGAGAAUCCGACAGAAGCGCCGGCGACGGAGGAAAGGAUCAAGCUCAGGCAGAUAUCCAAAUGUGUAAUAAUUGGCAGAAAAGUUUUGUAGGAUAACUAGUUGGUAGGAUCUGUUAUUGAAGCUGAAAUGUAGAUUAGUCUUUUCCAUAUACUGCUAGGCUGCUAACCUUCGGGUUAGAUCCAACUCAUGUUACAUUGUAAGCUCUCCAAAAAUCACACAAGUAAAAGAUCUUCGAAUGCAGUCAAAUGUAAAGAUCCAACUUAUGCUACAUUGUAGGAUCUCCUAAAUUUAUGCAAGGAGAAAGGUCUUUGUUGA